AUGACUAGCAAUGGGGAUGACAUUGACUAUUCUCUGUAUCUUGUAACAGGACGAGAUAUGCUUCCUCAUGGGAUGGACUACCUUCGUUCGUUGGAAGAAUCUUUGAUUGGUGGCGUAACAGUCGUUCAAAUAAGAGAAAAGACCGCUGAUACAGUAGAGUUCCUCUCGGUUGCUACAGCAUCGAAGACUCUCUGUGACAAAUAUAACGUGCCACUGUUUGUCAAUGACCGUAUUGAUGUUGCAUUGGCUGUCGGAGCACGAGGUGUUCACCUAGGCCAGACGGACAUGCCGAUAGACAUCGCCCGAAAGCUCCUACCUCCAGAGGCCAUAAUCGGAGUAUCAUGCAAUACCCUCGAGCACGUGGAACAAGCUGUUCGAAGCGGCGCAGAUUAUAUCGGUAUUGGAGCCGUGUACGGAACACAGACGAAAAAGUUGACCGAUCCAGAAGUCGGUGUUAGAGGCGUUGGACGAUUGCUAGAAGCAUUAGAUGGGACAAAAGUGAAAGCUGUUGCUAUUGGUGGGAUCAAACAAUCCAACCUAAUGCGAAUUCUUCAUGGCUCAGUCUCAUGUACGGGUCAUUCUUUGGAUGGCGUCGCCGUUGUUUCUGAAAUCGUGGCCUCUCGGGAUCCCAGGACUGUUUCUGAAGAAUUGAGGAGUGUCCUUCACAUGUUCAAGGAUAACACAGCCUCCUUUAAGUGCAUGUCCAUUUUACAACCGGACUCCAUCAUAGAAGAGGUUAUCAGAGUCAUGAGCGGUGUGAGGGAGUCGAACCCUUUGAUACACCAGAUCACCAACAAUGUAGUGUCAACACAAUCUGCCAACAUCACCCUCGCACUUGGAGCCAGUCCCAUUAUGGCUUUCGACGCCCAAGAAAUGGAAGAUAUAGCCAAAGUGUGCGGUGCGUGCUUGAUCAACAUCGGCACCCUUACAAAUGCGACACUAGAAGGGAUGCUCAAAGCCGGCUACUAUGCCAAUAGAAAUCAUAAGCCGGUGGUUCUUGAUCCGGUAGGAGUCGGUGCAUCGGGUUUCAGGAAAGGCUCUGUUCAAGCACUUUUAAAUGUGUGGCAACCGAGUGUCAUCAAGGGAAAUGCUGGCGAGUUGGCCACCAUUGCUGGGUCAACUGAAGUCCUAUCGAAAGGUGUUGACAGCGUUGGCCCUGGAUUCCGAGAUCCAAUAUCUUUCGUGCGAAAUUUGGCACGGAAAGAACGCUGCGUCGUCGUUCUCACGGGAACCGUCGAUUACAUCUCGGACGGGUUCUACGUAGUCGCAUUAUCGAACGGCGAUGAGAUGCUAGGUAAGAUAACAGGAUCGGGCUGUAUUGUUGGCUCGUGUGUGGCCACAUACUGCUCUGUUACUAGUUCUGGUUCGAGUUUGAUUAGUCCCGAAACAUUAUGGGGCGCUGUUGGAGGCUUCCUGAUAGGAUUAUAUGGCAGGGUCUUGGUUGUGACAAUCGCAGCCGAAGUGGCAGCAAAGAGAAAGGAUGUCCAAGGGAGAGGGACGUUUCUACCCGCAUUAAUAGAUGAACUUGGAGCAUUGACCCCUGAUAAAAUACGGGAGAUGGCCAAGAUCCAAGUGUAUCCAGCAUAG